AUGAUGGGGCGGAGUGCAUAUUUCCCCCCAUCUCCAGGCAUCCGUCUGGUCCUAUUUGCUGGGAAUAUCUGCGGCUUCUGUGGUUUCUGCAGGACAUUCUCCUGCUGGAGAAAUCCAACGUGGCGGAGCUUGUUUCUUCAUCUGCUCUCAUGUUGA